CCCCCCCCGGCUGCCUCUAAAUCACCUCGCACUUGGCAAGGAUAGAUAAAGGCGUAGCAGCAGCUGAUCCGCUCGGGAGCGCAGGCAAAGCAUGGAGCAAUACGACGACCAGCAGCAGCAGCAGCUCUUUCCUUCCUCAUACGUGGACUCCUCUUUCGUUGUGGCCAACGGCGCGGCGCAGGGGGACAGGCCGAGAGCGCAGCGCAGGAGGAGGCGGGCCGCGAGGUGCGGCGCCGACGGCGGCGAAAUGGACGGGGGAGGGGACCCCAAGAAGCGGCGGCUGAGUGACGAGCAGGUGGAGAUGCUGGAGCUGAGCUUCCGGGAGGAGCGGAAGCUGGAGACCGGCCGGAAGGUGCACCUGGCUGCCGAGCUCGGUCUCGACCCGAAGCAGGUCGCCGUGUGGUUCCAGAACCGCCGCGCCCGCCACAAGAGCAAGCUGCUUGAGGAGGAGUUCGCCAAGCUCAAGCAGGCCCACGACGCAGCCAUCCUUCACAAAUGCCACCUCGAGAACGAGGUGCUGAGGCUGAAGGAGAGGCUGGUGGUCACCGAGGACGAGCUGACGCGGCUCAGAUCCGCGACGGGGAGCCACGCGGUCUCCGGUGAUGGCAGAGACGCCAUGGGCCGUGUCGUCUGCAGCGGGAGCCCGAGCUCGUCGUUCUCGACGGGCACAUGCCAGCAGCCGGGCGUCGGCGGCGGCGAUCACCUGGGGGACGAUGACCUGCUUUACGUUCCUGACUAUGCCAACUCUGAUAAUACUUUGGUCGAGUGGUUUAGCCUGUAUGGAAUGAUUUAAGCGAUCAGUAAUGGUAUGUCGUCUUUAGAUUCUAGCUAGUCAAUAGUGUCAUUUCUGUGCUGAUUUAGAAUUGUGCGUGUUAAUUAUGUACAUAGAUCAAGUUACUAUAGUGGCAAAAUAUAGCCACCUAGUUAGCUAGUACUUGAAUUUCAGAUGUGUAUUAUCAUUUCGUAUUUUUGCUUGA